AUGGACAACAUUCUGGGUCGUCACCGGUUGCCAAAUAAGACCAUUACUGCGGAGAAGAAACCGGUUUGCAUAUCGCUACCUUUCAAGGGCGACACGACUGCCGAUAUGAUGACAUGGAAGCUCCGUACAGUUGUGGAAAAAGCAUUCCCCGCGGCAAAACUGCGUGUUGUGUUCAUCUCCAGACCACUUCUGCGCUUUCAACUCAAAGAUAAAUUGCUUUGUAGUGAGCUGCCUAUUUACGAUGCCGAUCAUGAUGAUGAUGACGUGGAUCCUGAGGAUGAUAAUGAUGAGGAUCAUCAUCGUGAUGAUGCUCAUGAUGAAAUUGUUGGUCUGGAAGUUAAUGAUCAUGAUCAUGAUCAUGAUGAUGAUGCCGACGAUGAUGAUAAUGAUGAAGAUGAUGAAGAUGACAAAGAUAACCUGGGUGUUAUUGAUGACGACAGUGCUGCUGCUGAUGAUGAUGAUGAUGUUGAUGACGAUGAUGACGAUGACGAUAAUGAUGGUGAUGAUGACGAUGACGAUGAUGAUGAAAUGUACAGUCGAGAUUCAGAAAACGGGUCCGCAGCCAUACGAGGUCUGGCUGGGCUUCACUGUAUUAUGCUGAACAAAUUCGAUGAAGAUGAUGAUGUUGAUGAUCCGGAUGAUGAUGAUGAUGAUUCGGAUGAUGAUGAUUCGGAUGAUGACGAUGAUGAUGAUGAUGAUGAUGAUGAUGAUGAUUGUCACGGUUUUAUUAUCGCUUUUCAGAUAUGGUGUGAUAGCUGGCGGGGAUCCUAUAACUCCGUAUUGUGUCUGCAAUGGUUGCAAACGCUAGUUGAUCAACUAUUGCAGGAAGAGCACAAGUCAUAUGUGAUUGUGUGUGACAACGCACCCUGUCAUUCUAAACUGGAAAACGUCGUUUCCGGAGUAAGAGUGAGCAUUCUCAGACUUGCUCCGCAUUCUCCAGCGAUGAAUCCGAUCGAAAUGAUAUGGGGCAUUAUGAAAAGUUACAUCAAAACGGAGCUCCGAAAUCAGCAUGCCAAGAUUAUGACGGGUGAUCCCGAAGGAAAAAUGAACCAACAGGACUGGAGGAUGGCAUGUUUGGAAAGCAUUGCUGGUGAUGCCAAAUCUCAUAUCACGAAGGAUCAUUGUCAGCAUGCGACUGAACAUGUUCGUGUACAUUAUCCGACAGCUAUCAAAAUGCUUGAUUUUUAA